ACCGCAGCCCCUCCUCUCCGUCCCGAAAGGGUUUAGUAUUGGGGGCGGAAGUAGGUGGGAAGACGAUUGAGGAUGGACCGGAAGUACUGCUGAAGGAGCAUGGCGGAAGGGGGCAGGUUCGUCCACACUCUGAGCUGAGCUCGGCCAGCGCCCGAGAUGUCGCAGGCCACCAAGAGGAAGCAUGUGGUGAAGGAGGUGUUGGGCUAUUACCCGCCCCCCUCGGAGAAGCAGCAGAUCGUGCGGGUGGUGGGAACGCCAGGAAACAACCUGCACGAGGUGGAGACGGCACAGGGAGAGCGCUUCCUCGCCAGCAUGCCCACCAAGUUCCGCAAGAACAUCUGGAUCAAGCGAGGGGACUUCCUGAUCGUCGACCCGAUCGAGGAGGGGGAGAAGGUGAAAGCGGAGAUCGCCUCCAUCCUGUACAAGGAGCACAUCAAAGAGCUGCAGCAGCAAGGAGCAUGGCCCACCAGCUUCUCGGAAUCAGCGAGCCACGAAAGUAACACCCAGAGAGAGCUCAGCACUCGGGAGUCGGAGGAGGAGACGGAAGGCAAGUCAGAGGACGACGAUGACUCUGAAGACGACGGGGACCUGUUCGUGAACACAAACCGCAGGAACUACGAGUACUGGGAGAGCGACGAGGAGAGCGAGGGGGAGGUGGUGUGAGUGGGUGGUGCCUGGUUAUUGUUUGUGAGGGGGGGGAAGGGAGUGUAAGGGGAGGGGCAGGUGUUCUUGCAUGGAGUCGAGCUGAGACAACCGAGCUCGUCCACCGUCUCGGGGGUUCCGGAGUUCAGGAGGGUACCCCAGGGAGAACGGUUCUUUACAAAUGAGUGUCCUUCACACCUUCCCUUCAGCAGGGGAGUACCAUCAGGGUCCAACGCUCGAAUACACUCCCCUGGCCGCAGAUAAACUGUUUCUUAGCCCAACCCACCCAUUGAAUCCUGUUAAAUUGAGGCAGUCGGGGGGGGGGGGGGGGGAGGCAGUAUUUGGACGGACUGGCUUAACUGUUGCGCAGGAGGGGCUGGUGAGGAACAAGGGGCUGGACUGGAACCCCAACUGACAAUGCAGAUCGGUGAUUUUCUUCACCUUAACCCCCACCAGCCAGAAAGAAAACCUGCCGGUAGAUAAUUUUGCUGAUAUACUGUGUUCUCUAUCACGCCGCCCCACCGGUGGAGGGGAGGGGGGGGGAGAGAGAUCAUGUUUGUUUUUGUAUUAAAAAAAAUAAAAAGUUA